AUGUUGGACAAGCAGAUUAACUCCAUGUCCGAGAACACUGACUACGAAGCCGCAAAGAGGAGACUUUCAGAAAAGGAGAACGAAUACAACUCCAGCUUGCAAGCUGCUCAGAGCAAGGUUGACGAUUGCCAGAGAGCAUGGGAGCAGAAACAGACGGACGUCAAGGCCGAGUUGGAGCGUGCCAAAGCACAGGCAGCUGCCCAUCUUCAGGAUCUCAGAGACAAGGCCGAUGCGGCAGACAAGACAUACAUCAGCACCUUGGCUGCCGCGACCGCCUACAAAGAACAAGUCUGCCAUGAUGCUUCGGUGGCUAUCCGUGAGGCAGAGUCUGCUGUAUAUCAUGCUGAUCACGAUAGCGAUGAUGCUAUCCGGCAGGCUCAGGAUGAGCUGCAUCGCAAGAGGGAUGCGCUGAACGCCUCCUUUGGUAAAGCUCACGCCGAUGUGGAGAGUGCUCAGCAGACUGUCGACGUGGCCUUGGCGACGGUUGAGGCACUUGACAAGGAUCUGUCCGACAUUGACCGUCAGAUCAGCGAGGCCUCUCUGUGGGAUAUGCCUCUCCUGGUUGCCGAGAAGACGCUCAAGGCGACUGAACAGGCUAUCGCCGCCACCGGGCUCGAAGCUGCUCGGCUGGUCUUGAUGGUAGCCGAGGGAGUCUUGGAAGGCCCUGACUUUAUUGCUGGACAAUCUGCAGUAGCAGUCGAUGAGGACUCCCUCGAGAAGCUCUUGGAAACCGAGGCGGCGGCUGUCGAGGCCGCCAAGAUUGCCCUUGAGGAUACCAAGAAGACCCAGGGGCUUCUUGUGUCUCAGGCUUCACAGGCCUUGUACGAUGUUGAGAGGAGUUCAAGCGAAAUCAGGGCAUCGAUGCAAGCCAAGGCCGCCGUCGUUACUGGCGAAGAGACAGCGCGCUCCAUGGUCUCUGGCGCACAGCGAGCUUUCGAUGAGCUGAAGAAAACAGCCGAGUAUGCCGCUCUCGAAGAGGCUCGUAAGGGUCUAGCCAAGGCCCAAGGAAAAUCUGCCGAGGUCGAACUUGCUCGACAAGCCUGCCAGCUCGUGGCAGAGAACAAGCCCAGUUUGUGGGACGAAGUUCUCGACCUCGGUGCCAAGAUUGCCAAAUGGCUUCUCGAGGCGGCAGGCGAGAUCAUCAACAUUACGAAAAUCUCAUUUUCUGGAAGCUCGGCGAGCUUCAGGGACGGCGGCCCUCCCCUCACAUGCAAGAUUGAGGGUAAGCUGGUCGGCGAGGACAUCGACAUCGACCUGAGCUGGAAGCCCGACUUUGACAUUGUCAAGUUCAUCAAGGCCAUAUUCAGCGAGCUGUGGGAGAUGAUCAAGGAAGCUCUCAGCAAGUUCUUCGAGGGGCUUGCCAAGCUCGUCGAGGAGGUUGUCGAGGAGGUUGUCGAGUUCGUUGAAGAUGUGAGCGAAGCCGUUGUGGAGGGAGCAGAGAAGGCCGUGGAAGCAAUUGGUGAUGCUGCCAGUGACAUUGGCCAUGCUGUGGAAGACGUUGCGGAGGAUAUAGACGAUGCUGUCAGUGACGUGGGGAGCGCCUUGGGCCACGUGGCGGGUGAUGUCGGGCACGCUGUGGAAGAUAUUGGAGAGGAUAUAGACGAUGCCGUCAGUGAUGUCGGAAGUGCCCUUGGGCAUGUAGCUGACGAUGUGGGGGGUGCUGUUGAGGAUGUGGGACAUGCCGUUGAGAAUGUGGCCAGCGACAUUGGGGAUGCCAUUAGCAAUGCGUUUAGCUUCUGGUAA